UAAAAGCCGAUCCUUUCUCAUUGCAUAGCUUGUACCAGUUUACCGGGCUACAGUAUCCCUGCGGCGUGCUGGCUGGUCAGUGUCUCGUGUGAAUACGGUACAGCCGGCACAACACUAUGAAGCGUGCAAUCGCCAUUCUGUGCAUGGUCGCUUCGGCAACGAGCGGUGUGCUGUCGGUGCCCCGGUCCCACGCUUCGUACAGAAGCGUUCAAGAGCGUAUACGGCAGCUAGCGGAGGAGUUCAGCGCUCUUCAAGAUUCCUUCCGCCCUCGACACUGCGCAGACCUCCUUCACAACGGCCAAAACACAAGCGGUGUGUACACCGUGUUCCCUAAGGCCACUGGCACUUCAGGACAGAAUGUAUACUGCGACAUGGACACUGACGGCGGAGGUUGGACAGUUAUCCAACACCGCGGCCAGUACGGAAACCCUGCAUACUACUUCUACCGAAACUGGACAGAGUACGCCAACGGAUUCGGAAAUCCCGCUAAAGAAUACUGGAUCGGCAACAACGCCCUCCACGGUCUCACAUCCGGUGAUGAGAAUAUGGAUCUGUGUGUCGUAUUGAGCAACAGCACGGAAGAAACUGUCUUCCUUGGCUACCAGAAUUUCACAGUUGCGAGUGAAGAGCAAGGCUUUAGGCUUCAUCUGGGAAGUUAUACAGGAAAUAGAGGUUGGGACGCCAUUGGACCAGUUUCAGGCCAGAAAUUCUCAACCUUCGACCGUGACAAUGACAGUUCCACUGGUAAUUGCGCUGCCCGCUACCGUGGCGGAUGGUGGUACGGUCAUUGUCUAGGUGGCAACCUAAACGGGGUCAAUUUGAAUGGGCCCCAUGUUAGGUAUGGCGAAGGCAUUGACUGGGGCACAACAGAAGCUAUGUACCCCUAUUCUUAUCCAAACGUUCGAAUGAUGAUCCGACCAAGACGCUCAUGAUAGGUGGCCACCAAUGUGUGGCCUGCUGGGCUUAAAGGACACCCGCAUCUUUAUAACCAGAGUCCACGGGUGAUGUUGCAAAGCAGAAGAAGCUUCUUUUAUCUUGUUUUACAUUGCUCCAGUAGGUGCAGCGAAUGAAGAAGCACGGAGUACUAGAAUGGCGUAACGGUUUCUUGCCUGCUUGUA